CUUAGGUACACUGGGCUGAGAUAUUACUAUUGGCAGCACAUCGCAAGAAGCGAAGAGAUAAUUCCUGGGCAGCAAAACUGUCAUUCUGGGACCUCCGGAAGCGGUGCAUGUUUUGUCAGAAAUCGAUAGAAAUCAAUAAUUGGAGUAGAGAGUAAAGGCGAGAGAUCAAUAUUGCUCUUAAAGCUCGGCCAACCAACUGCAUAUCCCAUGCCAUUCAUUUCUGCCUCAAACUGCCAUCUAUUUCUAUCUCAAGUCUUUGUGGUUUGUUUCUCACAUCUCAAGCCUUCCCCUCCAAGCUCUCAUAAAUCGUAUCCCUCCUUCUCACUUUAAGGUUAUGGAUAGUGGGGUGAGAAAGCACGCCCUGAAUGGUACUGCUGCUUCCAACUCUGAUCUCGUGCUGAAACACAUUACCCAGAUUCUACUAGAGGAGGAGGAGAGCAUUGAUGGGCCCCUUGGUCUCAUUGCUCUUAAAGCCGCUGAGAAAUCAUAUUACGAAGCAUUGCAUGAUAAUCUUUCCUCAUUGUUUCACAUCCAUGCCGGAAGAAGCUCUUGGAAUGAUAAUGUUAAUGGUAUUGUUGAUCCCCGAGAAUCAGAAUCAUCAUGUGUGACAUCUAACACAAAUUUAGCAAUGUCCAAUACGACAGAG